ACUCACGGCGCCGAGCUAGCCCGCUAUGGCUACCUCGCCUAGCUGCCGCUUUCUCCCUCCCUCCCUCUCUCUCCUCUGAUUUUGAUGUGCUGCACGCCAAAGUCCCAUGUAGAGAGACAGAGACAGGCAGAGUAGAGUGACCAGUGGAGCUCACUGCUGAGCUGAGCUCCUCCUCCUCCUCUUCUUCUUGCUUUGCCUUGCCUACUACUGCUCCACCAUUGCGGUGGUGUGGGGGUGGAGGCGAGAGAUCAUCGGUCAGGAGGAGGAGGAGGAAGAAGAGGAAGCUACCGGAGCUUGGUCAGGGGGAUUUCUUCUUGCGGCGCGUCGAUCGAUCCAUCCAUCCAUCUGAUCUUGGUUGCCGGCGCGGCGUUGCAGGGGGUCGAGGAGGAGGAGGAGGGCAUUAUGUUGAGGAAGGUGGUGGUGGUGCCCGACGCCGGGGACGCCGCUGACGGCGCCGGGAAGCCUCGGAGCGCGGCGGCGUUCUUCAAGGUGCCGCGGCUGCUGGUGGGGCUAGCGGCGGCGAGGUGCGAGUGCGACUCGCCGGCGCGGAGCCCGACGUCGCCGCUCGACCUCAGGGCCUUCGCGGCGCUCGGCGGCGGCCCGCUGCCGCGGUCGCCCAGGAGCUGGGACGCGCGGCGAGCCGGGCUCGGCGGCCUCAUCGACGGCCUCCCCGAGCCCGGCGCCGCCGAGAACCGCCUGCUCGGGCCCCAAAUGCGGCGGUGCGUCGCGAGGUCCUUCCCCUCCCAGCCGAGAGCCUGCGGCCCCGUGCAGCCGGAGCUCGGGAAGGCGGGGGACGCCGUCGCCGGCGGCGGCGGCAUGUCGGUGCCGUGCAGCAGGUUCUAUGGGGAUGUGAAGUCUGGUCCAGAGGUCACCGUCUCCGGCGGUGCUCAGCUCGGCGUGAACGCCGGCCGCGCCGCCGAUCUUGGCAAGUUCCCGGCGACCGGCUCGCUGCCGGCGUCGAUCGGCUGCCCGCCGCGGUACAUCGGGUCGGUGUCGGCGACGGAGGUGGAGCAGUCGGAGGACUACACCCGCAUCAUUGCUCGCGGCCCCAACCCGAAGACGACGCACAUUUUUGGGGAUUGCAUCUUGGAGCCCUGCACCGAGUCCUACUGGCUCGUGAAGCUGUCCGGCUCCGGCGAGGAGCUCCGCCGCGUCUGCUCGUAUUGCAAGAAGAAGCUGGAUGGCAACGACCUCUGCUUUUAUCGAGGUGAGAAGUCAUUCUGCAGCGGUGACUGCAGGGACCAGGAGAUCCUGAUAGAGGAUGAAGAGGAGAGCAACACUGCAAUCUCCUCCCCCAUUUCAAUUGGCUCGGCUUCGUCAUUUCACGACGACUUAUUUAUGGCCGGAAUGGCCGUGCUUGACAUGAGCACCAGCUCCCCCCAUGCCUGACCGAAGCUGUGCGCUGGGAUAGAUGAUCAAUAAUGUAAGCCAUCAUCGUCGCCCGCGACCACCACCAUUCUGCUGAUUUUGUAAGUUGUGUUUCAGCAGUUGAGAAACUCGGCUGCAUUGGCAGGUCAUAGAGGAUCGGAAGCUGCAUCUAGCUGUGUCUCCAAAAUUUGCUGAGCUAUGAGCUCAGGCAUUUUAGGGAAAUAUAGUGGUUGCCUGCAUUUAGUCUGUGGUUUUGGUCUCAAGGCUAUUGGCAACUGCAAUUCCCAUUUCUUCUUCUGUCUUCUUUGUUUUUCCUUCUAGGCUCUUAGCAGCAAUGGCGAUGUUCGUGUUGUAGGUUUUUGCAACAACUCUUUUAUAAUGGCAUUGAGCUGCUUUGGGUAAAUUCGUUAUCUUUUCUUACUUUGAGCAGUGCUGAGUACUGGAGUUGCAUGACCAUCAUGCCACUGUGAAUCUGUGAUGAUGUUUAGAGCUUUUCUUGUUGAUCUGUAGAAAUA